AUUAUGAAGAAUUCGAUGGAAGGCAGUCAUUAAUGGCGUCUGUUGCGAGGGUAGUAACGUUACCAAGUUCGUUGAAAUGGAGCCGUACCGAUUCAACAGCAGUCAUCGCGAAUGUUGUCACACAUGAAAAGGAUAGAUUAGCUUCGGCUUUAUUUAGUGGAGUUGAAAUAAACGAGGGAAUGAAUUCUUCAAUUUAUGGACAUUCCGUGUUAGUAGAAGCGGUAAUCUCCCCAAACAUCAUCCCCGGAAAAGCAUGUAAUAAUAGGGGACCUCUGCUGAUGAAUAGUAAGUAUAUUUCUUAG